UCUUUCAAACCAAUAUUGAUGGUGCUAAAAAACGAGACAAAGCGUCAAACUACAGAUUCGGAUAUUUAUUUAGGGAGAAUGGUUAACGAUGGUUUUGUUUUCCGGCAGAAAAUUCAUAUUAAAUCAUAUGAAGUGACGCCAGAUGCAACACCUACUAUUGAAACAAUUAUGAAUCAUCUGCAGGAAACAUCAUGUAAUCAUUUAAAGGAAGUUGGAAUCUCUCUUGAUGGCUUUGGUACAACCCCGGAAAUGGCUAGAAGGAAUUUGUUCUGGGUGACGGCAAAGAUGCAAGUGGUUGUCGAUCGAUAUCCAAUAUGGGGUGAUGUUGUCACAAUCGAUACAUGGAAAGUGCCUCUUGGAAGAAUUGGUUUGUGUUGUAAUUGGACAUUUUCUGAUUCGAAAACAGGCGAGAUUUUAAUCCGAGCAUCAAGUACUUGGGUAAUGGUGAAUAAAGAGACAAGAAAGUUAUCCAAAUUUCCCGAUGAAGUUCGAGCAGAAUUAGAGCAACACCUUAUGAAAACACCCCCUAUAGUCAAACAUGAUACUAUCAAAUGGUCAAAAGAAGAUGAGACCAGUGCUAGCCAUGUACCCAUAAAGACAACAUGGUGGGAUUUGGACAUCAACCAACAUGUUAACAAUGUGAAACAUAGCGGGUGGAUCAUUGAGAGUGUACCAAAGUCUAUUAUACAAAACUAUGAGCUUGCUAGCAUGGCCUUAGAAUAUUGUCAUGAAUGUAAGGAAGAUUGCGUAAUACGAUCACACACUUCUGUAAAUGUAGCCGAUGCUAUCGGUAACAGUUUUGUGUGCGACCACCUACUUCAACUUGAGACUCCAACAGGAUGUGAUGAAAUCAGCAAAGGAAGGACUAAAUGGCGCAGGAAAAUUGGAAAAGUAUCUAGAUACCAUAACGGUGGUUUGUCCCCAAAUGGAAAUGGAGGAGUAUAAAUUAGAAAAUGGCAAAUUGCCUAAAAGGAGAAAUUAU